UCUAUAUAAAAGCCCAUCACUAAACCCCUUCUCCCCCAAAUCACAUCAAAUCCCUAAUAAUGGCUUCCAUCUCGUUCUGCAGCGCUUCUCCCUCUCUUCCUCUCUUCUCCUCCGCUUCGAUCCGGCCAAGGAGAUCGGUGAUGAUCGUUGCCAGCGCGACGGCGUCCUCGUCCGGGGACGGGAAGUGGUGGGCGCCGUUGUUCCGGUCGAUCAUGGCGGAUCCGGGCGAUGGAGCGAAGGGCGUGGAGGGGGAAUCGGAGGGGAAGAAGGGGAGGGGGAGGUUGACGGCGGAGAAGGCGAAGGAGUUAAGGCGGCAGUUGAGGGAGAGUGAGAGCUGGCAUGAUGGUAUGUAUCACUCCGCCAUCGCUUCUCGUCUUGCUUCUCCUGAUCAGCAUCACUAACCCCCUUCCAUGAAUCAAGAUCUACUUUUUUUUUAUUAUUAUUAUUUUUUUUAUUUUGGGGUAGAUGUGUGUUUGGUUGGUGUGAGAAAAGAAAGGAAAAAUAUUUGGCUGGUUUUGUAAAUAAUUUUAA